AUCCUUAACACGCCCUAAUCAUUCAACCCCACCAUCUUCACCACCACCUUAUUCAUUUACCUCCUCCUUAUUUCCUCUAAAGCUAACCAUAAAGAAAAAGAAAAGAGACCAACCUCUCUCUCUCUCUCUACAUCGCGACAAAGUCUUCUCAUUGUGCUUUACAAAGGGAUCCCAAUGCUUCACUUCUCCCCCACCAACUGCCAUGUCCGUUCCUUCAGCUCAAAGCUUCUUAUCCCUUAACCCCAACACACCUAUGUCCCCCACUACUCAUGCCCCUUAAAAACCUCAAUUGGAUGGUCCUAUGGAUGUAGCUAGAAGGAGAAUUCCCUCUAGAACUUCUUCUUCUACUACUGCUACUAGUAGUACUGUUGUUGUUGCUGCUGGCUCUGUGUGGGAAUCCAGGAUGAAGAGUGAUGAAGUCAAAGGUGGGAUUAAGGUCUUCAAUGGCGAUGAUAAUUCUGAUGAAGUACCUCCCAAUGCUGCCUCUGGAACUGCCUCCAGACUCAAGAGAAGCACUGUGGGGAGUGUGGCUGCGAGUGGGAAGCGGAGGAUGGGGAAAUCGGACAAUAGCUCAGAUGCAACCGAUAAGGCUCAAAUGCAGAUUGCCAAAGGGAAAUCAGAGUCGGGGCUGAAGAAUUGUGAUGAACAAUGUAAGGAGCUCAACGUUUCUUCAGAUGGGAUCAAGAAGAGUCCGAUUCCGACGAGGAGGCCCAGGACUGGAGGUGCUUCGAUUCCUGGGAGAAAGCUGAGAUCUGAGGUGCCGAAAGAUGCGGUUGAAUCCAGUGAGGGACCUGGGAGGAGUUUGAGGAAGUCGAAGUCAGAUUCAAUGAGGACGGCGAAUCAGAAUAAUGUGAAGAGCGUUGGGGAGAAUAAUUCAGCACAAUUGAGGAAGACGAAAUCCGCGUCGGAUCCUGUUUUGGAUGAGUCAAGCAAUGGGAUCAAUGGCCGAAUCGAGAAUGUUACAGCUCAGAAUGAGAAGGACGACGAUACUGACGAAAAUUGCAAGGAUUUCGGGGUGUGUGAAGAGAAGCUCAUUUCAAGCAGUACGGAAAAUGUGAGCGAAACGAAAUGUUCUCCGGAAUUGUCGGUGCUCGUCGACGGCGAUGCCGAUGGUUCAGUCGACGAAGAAGCAGAAACAGAUGAAGAUGGAGAUAAAGAGGAGGACGCGGUGGAUGAGACGAUCGAAACUGAGGCGGAGGAGAGUUUCGAUGUGAAGGAAAUCAGCAUUCCUACAGAGCCCAAAAUUGUGAAGGAGUCGGAGAAUAACGAGACUGUGAAUGAACAGGAAAAGAAAAUGGUCGUGAAAAAACCAGAGAAUAACAAUACCAAGGUUGCGAAUGAACUAGACAAGAAGGUGGUUGUGAAGGAACCAGAAAAGAAGGCUGUGAUUGAUGAACCUGUAAACAAGAAGGCUGUGAAUGUGAAUCAACCAGAACCCAAGAAAAUUCAGAGUACCUACAGGAGAUUUCAGCAAAAUUAUGAAAGACCUGUGUCAAUCCCUGCAGUUACUGUGAAACAAUCUCCUCCAGUUAAAAGGCAUUCCACAAUUUACCAAAACUUCUCAAAAGAUAAUUCACAUUCAAAAUACCAUAGCUUCCCUCAAACCCAGAGCAAAUUGCAGAGUCUAGUUGACUUAGUCAUGUGGAGAGAUAUCUCAAGAUCAGCCUUCGUCUUUGGCAUUGGAACAUUCGUUGUAAUCUCAUCUUCUUAUGCACAGGAUAUAAAUGUGAGCUUUAUUUCUGUGUUGUCCUAUCUGGGCCUCGUCUAUCUUGCUGUUAUCUUCCUCCACAGAUCCUUAAUUUGCAGGGGAGUCAUAGACGUAGAUGACAAAAAUUAUGUACUGGGAGAAGAAGAAGCAACUUGGGUACUAAAACUGAUUCUCCCUUAUUUGAACGAGUUGCUUUCUAAACUCAGAGCCCUCUUUUCUGGAGAUCCUGGUACCACAAUGAAGCUGGCAGUAUUGCUCUUUGUUUUAGCCAGAUGUGGCAACUCCAUAACCAUUUGGAAAAUGGCCAAAUUCGGUUUCUUUGGAGUUUUUACGGUACCAAAAGUCUGUUCUUCCUAUUCUGCACAGUUAACUUCAUAUGCAAAUUUUUGGGUUCGAAGAUUCAGAGACGCUUGGGAUUCAUGCUCACACAAGAAGGCUGUGGCUCUUGGCAUCUUCAGCCUUGUAUGGAAUAUGUCAUCAGUUGUCGCACGUGUUUGGGCAGUGUUUGUGUUGUUUGUGGCGUUCAAAUAUUAUCAGCAACAUUAUAUGGUGAGGGAUGAAUAUGUGGAAGAAGAGGAAGAAGAAGAAGAGGGAAAUGAGGGGGACACGUGGCAGGAAGCAAGUGGAGGUAAGAUCAAGGGCGUGGAUACAUUCCAUUGGAAUCAAAUAAACUUAAGAAAGGAUUCUAAAUAUGCAUGUCCAUGGUAUGGUCAAUGGUGUGCUCCUUUUUUUUUUUUUGGCUUUUUCUAUAUAGUAUUGUUCUUUUUGGCCAAAAAAAAUAUAGUAUUGUUCUCAUGCAGUAAUUAUUUAUUUCCUAUAUUCAAAAUAUAUAGUUCUACUACAUUGUAAAUUUUUACUAGUAAUAAAUGAAAUCCUAGUGACAAAUAAA